GUCGCCUCCUACAUUGCGCUCUUCCAUCAGCACGACUCAGAUCAUGACGGCUUCAUCUCCGGGCAGCAGGCGCGUCCCAUCCUUGCUGAGUCCGGCCUCCCCGUGCAGGAGCUCAGGAGGAUCUGGGACCUCUCGGACCUGACCAAGGACGGGAUGCUGGAUGCGCGGGAGUUCGCCGUCGCCAUGCACCUGAUCGAGAUCCGGAAGAAAGAUGGCGUCCUUCCCACCUCCCUCCCCCAGCAACUGCUC